AUGCCGUUAUUUACCUCUGAAGAAAAAGUCGGCAUGAUUUUUGUAUACCGUGAGUGUAACAAUAAUAGUCCAAAAUCACUGGAGUUAUAUAGAGAAAGAUUUCCUACUAGAAAUCAACCUUUCCGAAUGAUUUUCUCACGUUUAGUAAAUUGCUUAAAGAAAACUGGUCAUUUUCCCGACGUAAAACACCAGUCGCACAUGAGAAAUGUGGGUCCAUGUAUAAACCUGGAAUUUAUAAAUCUGGACCGUAAAAACCCGGACUGUACAUAUCUGGACCGUACAAAUCUGGACCGUAGGGUUCUGGACGUACAUAUCUGGACCGUAUAA